AUGUACACCAAGGCUUUCCUCGCUGCGCUGGUCGGCGCCACCGCCGUCUCUGCCCACGGCUACGUUGAGACCAUCACCGCCGGCGGCGAGACCAUUGACAACUACAACCCCACCUCUCCCUCCAACCAGAACCCUGUCCCCGGCUGGGCUGCUCAGCAGCAGGAUCUCGGCUUCGUCGCCCCCGACGCCGCCGGCCAGGCCGACAUCAUCUGCCACAAGUCCGCCACUCCCGGAAAGACCAGCGUCAAGGUCGCCGCCGGAGAGAAGGUCACCGUCAAGUGGAACACCUGGCCCGACUCCCACAAGGGUCCCCUCAUCGACUACCUCGCCAAGUGCUCUGGCGACUGCUCCAGCGCCACCAAGGCGGACCUCAAGUUCUUCAAGAUCGCUGAGAAGGGUCUGACUGGCAGCACCUGGGCUGCUGACGAGCUCCUGAGCAACGACCUCAAGUGGGAGAUUGCCAUCCCCAGCGACAUUGCCCCCGGCAACUACGUCCUCCGCCAUGAGAUCAUUGCCCUCCACAGCGCUGGCCAGGCCAACGGCGCCCAGUUCUACCCCCAGUGCAUCAACCUUGAGAUCACUGGCAGCGGUACCGCCAACCCCACUGGCACUGCUGGAACCAGCCUGUACACUGCCAACGACAAGGGUGUUCUCUUUGACAUCUACAGCGGCGCUACCAGCUACCCCAUCCCUGGACCUGCUCUGUACAGCUCCAAGAAGCGCCGCAACCACGCCCGCGACCUCUUCAUCGUUGACUAA